AUGUCGGUCUCUGAAAUCACCAGCCUCCAGAAGACGCUCAACGUCGCCCUCGAUGCCUUCAAGGCGGAACUCGCGGCACAAAACCUCCCAGAGCCGUCUCUCAACACUUCCAAGGCACAUCCCAUCGAUGAGAUUACAUAUCUCCCGACACCCGCGAUGCAUGAGGCGCGAAGGGCUGCGCUCGCUAGCCUUGGCCUGAUCAAAUCCUUGAUCCAGUCCCCCUGGGACGCGCUGACCGCCAACACCUGGAUGGUCUUGGAGGUCGCCGGCGUCCGUUUGACAGCAGAAAUUGGACUUGCUACUGUUCUUGGAGACUCUGAGGAAGGCUUGAGCCUUGCAGAGAUCGCUGAGAAGACUGGCGUCGACGCGUUGAAACUUGAACGCGUCCUUCGUCUCUUGAUCACUCAAGGCUGGUUCAGAGAGACCAAGCAUGGCUACUUCGCCAAUAACCGACUCAGCAACCUCAUCAAGAAGGACCAGCCUGGGUACCACCUCGCCACUUACAUGAAUGACCUCUUCAACAAGAUCGGCGCCAGCUUUGCAGACGCUGUCAACCACCUCGAUCCCGAGUUCAAAAAGAACAACGAUCCCUUCCACACUGCUUUCCAACUCGCCUACAAGACCGACGUUGCUUACUUCGGUGCUGAUGGUUGGCUCACGAAGGACCCUCAAGAAGCUGUCAAGUUUGGCCUUGCCAUGGGUGCCGUUGGACCUACAUCCGAUCCCGGCGUCGCGGCUGAUUUCGCUUGGGAUGCCAUUACGAAAGGCAAGGACGGCAUUGUCGAUGUCGGAGGUGGUCAGGGGACACUCUGCUGCUCUCUCGCUGCAAAAUAUCCAGACAUCAAAAAAUUCAUCGUUCAGGAUCUUCCGGAGACUCGGGAAGCCGCCGAAUCUUUCAUUGCUUCCAAAGGCCUGACCGGACGUGUUGAGUUCGAGGCUCAAGACUUCUUCAAGCCGCAGCAACGCAAAGGCAAAUACGUCUUUGUUAUGCAGCGCGUCUUGCACGACUGGAGUACGGAGAAAGGUGCCAUUAUGAUCAAACAUAUCAAGGACGUUCUGAACGAGAACAGCUCCCUCUUGAUCAUCGACACCGUCAUUUUGCCAGCGGUCGUUUCCUCUGAGGGCCCCGAGCUUGUCCAAUCUCUUCUCGCCCUCAACAAGAACAUUUACCAGCCUGCACCUCCUCCGCCCUUCGUUCCUGCUGAUUUCGGCGAGGCCAGUCGCAUGCAGCAUCAAAUCAAUGUUGCUUUGACGGCCCUUUGCAACUCUUUCGAACGCACCCUUCCGCAGCUGCAGGAGAUGGUGGAACUUGGCGGGAUGAAGAUCAAGAAAGUACACGCCACCAGAGGGUGGGCUUCGAUCACGGAAGUCGUUCCUGCCUGA